AGGAAUUUUUGCUUUGGUUUAGAGACGAAGAUGAUGAUAUUCUUACUAGCAUUAGUUGCUGCAGCCUCCUCUCUCAUCUCUGCUAGUCCUGUAUAUUUAGAGAAAGGCAAGAACUACCUCAACAACACAAACUCAAUAUGGACUGACUGCAGCAAGUCUUCGGACCCACUGGUCAUAUAUUCAAUAAAUGUAUCUCCCGUGACACUGCAAAGAGGACAACCAAUCUACAUCUCAGUUGUAGGAUAUUUAAAGGAGCCAAUCAAUGAUGGAGGAACAGUAUCUGUGGUCCUGAGGUAUGCAAAUGCUAUGAACAUACUCCGUAAGAAGUAUGAUUUUUGCACUUUUAUUGAGGCUGCCCAGCUCUCCUGCCCACUGGAGGAUGGGAGCAUAUCAAUGAACUACAGUGAGGAAAUACCCUCUUCAGCACCACCAGGACAGUAUAAGGGCUCAAUUGUUGCUUACAGCGACAAUGGUGAUGAAAUAACUUGUGUUACAAUACAGCUGACCAUAUCAGCCUGAUUAUUAUUAUUACUAUUAUUAUUAUUAUUGUAUUUAGAACAUUAAUAUGUAAUAUGGCAAUUCUUGAAUACUCAGAAGUUUCAAAUGAGUAUUUUACUUAUUGUAAUUACUGUUCAUUGUAA